AGUUCAGGUUAUGUUGGCGCAGGCAGGAAAACAUGAAACUGGGCGUUAAUUCAUGUUUGUGAAUGUUGCUGACAGUCAAGAAGCACUAACAUGUGGUGAAGACACCGUUUCACGAAUGUGAUAAUAAUAUCUUCGUAUAAGGUCUUAUCCAACUAAGUACACGGUUUGCAUCCAGAUCAGCAGGAUGGACAGUGGUAAAAAAGACAAGGAAAAGAAGUCAAAGUUUCUGAUUGGGUCCUUUCGACUACCAGAGAAAGAGAAGAAGAAAAACAAACAUAAACAUCAUUAUGGUGGGCCACAAUACAUACCACCAGCUCCAGGUGGCUAUGGAAUGUUGGCGUCAGAGAAUGCGCCUCCCGAUUCACAAGUCAUGGCGGACCCUACAGCCGACAUGACAGAGGAGGACAUCCUUUAUAACUUCGAGAAGAUGUUGGAUGAUAUGAACUUGACGGAAGAGAAAAAGAAGCCACUAAGGGAUCGACCCACAGCGGUGAAGCGCGACAUGCUGUGCAUGCACCUGAAAGGAAGCGCGCAGAUGAGCAGCAAGUUCCGCCGCGGCGAUGCGCCGUCCUUCUACGUCAACGCGCUCGCGAACCCCAGCAUUCCGUACGAGCAGCUGCUGCAGCUGCUCGAAUCGCUGCGCGUCUCUCUCACGUCGAACCCGAUCAGCUGGGUGAUCGACUUUGGCCGCAAGGGGCUCGACCUGAUCCUGCGGCACCUGAACGGCUGCUACCAGGAGGACGACCGGCGCGUGGUGCGGCGCAUCCAGCAGGAGUGCAUCAAGUGCCUGAAGGCACUGAUGAACUGCAAGUUUGGCAUCCAGAACGUGAUGCGUCACGAGGAGGCGCUCGUCAUCCUCGCGCGCGCGCUCAACACGAACCUCGACGGCGCGAUGGCCGACGCGAUGACGCUCAUGGCGGCCAUCUCGCUCAUCCCGCCCGACGGGCACGACAAGGCGCUCGCCGCCGUCACAGUGUGCGGCGAGCUCGAGGGCAAGGAGCGCUUCGGGCCGAUCGUCGCCGGGCUGACGUCGGAGCGCAACCCGGCGCUGACGGUUGCGUCGAUGACGCUCGUCAACGCCUUUGUCAGCACGCCGGAGGACCUCGACUUCCGCAUGCACGUGCGCAACGAGUUCAUGCGUGUGGGCCUCGUUGACCUGCUGCCGCAGCUGCAGACGUCGACCAACGAGCAGCUGCGCAUCCAGGUGAACGUCUUCCUCGACCACAAGGAGGAGGACUUUGAGGACUUCUCGCACCGCUUUGAGAACGUGCGCGUGGAGCUGGACGACGCGGGCAACUGCUUCGCGAUGCUCAGCGGCUCGCUUCUUGACACGCCCUCCGAGCCGUACUUCCUCUCCAUCCUGCAGCACCUGCUGACAAUCCGCGACGACGCGCUCGUGCGCACCGCCUACUACAAGAUGAUCGAGGAGUGCGUGUCGCAGAUCGUGCUGCACCGCAACGGCUGCGACCCGGACUUCCGCGCGACGAAGCGCUUCCAGCUCGACCUCGAGCCGCUGAUCGGCGACAUCGUCGAGCGCUCGCGCGUUGAGGUUGGCGAGCAGCUUGAGCUGACGCGCAAGCUGGAGAGCGCGCUCACCGCGCAGCAGGAGGCCGAGGCGAAGGUCACGCAGCUGCAGGAGCAGCUGAGCAAAGCGGCCAAGGGUCUGCCCGUCUCGCCGGCGAGCGGAGGCCCCGCCGCACCUCCGCCGCCGCCCGGCGGUGGUCCUCCUCCACCGCCGCCGCCUCCGCCACCUGGUGGUGGUCCACCGCCGCCACCGCCGCCACCUGGUGGUGGUCCACCGCCACCACCGCCGCCACCUGGUGGUGGUCCGCCGCCACCGCCGCCCGCGCCGGGUGCCCCUCGUCCUCCUGGGCCACCGGGACCUCCAGGACCACCAGGAAUGCCAUCGCCCAUCGGAAAUCCAAACCUCCUGCCGUUCGGAAUGAAAGCAAAGAAGAAGUAUAAUCCUGAAACUCCUCUGAAGCGGGCCAACUGGGAGAAGAUCGCGCCGAUAAAGCUGACGGAGAAGGCUUUCUGGGUGAAGGUGCACGAAGAUCAACUGGAGAAGGAGAACAUCUUUCACGGUUUAGUCGAUCAAUUUGCAUCCUCGAACAAACGCAUGCAGGAAGCGAGCGAGAAGAUGAAAGAGAAAAAGCAGUCGAAGAAAAUCAAGGAGUUGAAGGUUCUCGAUGCGAAAUCUGCUCAAAACCUUGCCAUCGUGCUCGGAUCGAUCAAAAUGCCCUACGAUGAGCUUGCAAAUGCAAUCAAACAGUGUGACGAUAAGUUGACUUCAUCCAUGCUGGAGCAGCUUUUGAAAUUCAUGCCAGAGGCAGAACAGUUGAAUCAGUUGAAGGAGUAUAAGGACAAGUAUGCUGAACUGUCUGAGUCAGAACAGUUUGGUAUUGUCAUGUCUGGUAUUAAACGUCUCAUGCCACGGCUCAGGGCCCUGCUAUUCCGAAGGCAAUUCGAUGACCUGGUAGCCGAUAUCAAACCAAGUGUGGUCGCAGCAACGGCAGCAUGCGAAGAGGUGAAACAAAGUACAAAGUUUGCAAAGAUUUUGGAGCUAAUUCUCUUGAUUGGCAACUACAUGAAUGCUGGCUCACGAAAUGCUCAGUCCCUUGGUUACAAUAUCAGCUACAUAACACAGCUAAAGAAUACGAAAUCUGUCGACGGUAAGAUAACACUAUUGCACUAUCUCGCGAUGACGAUAGAGAGCAACUAUCCUGCCCUGACCACUUUCCACGACGAGCUUAUCCAUGCUGACAAGGCGGCAAGAGUCUCACAAGAGACGCUCCAGAAGAACGUGCUCAGCAUGGGUAAGUCCGUGAAGGAUCUGGACAAUGAGUUGAAAAGCUCUGCGAAUCUGCACAGUGAAGCGGACGAUCGGUUUAACGACGUGAUGAACCAGUUCCUCACCAAGGCGACCGAACAGUUUCAACUGCUCGAGAGCAUGUCCAAGAAAAUGGACACGCUGUACAGCGACAUCGGCGCGUACUUUUGCGUCGACACGAAGAAGGUGUCGAUCGACGAGUUCUUCUCGUAUGUAACGACGUUCAUAACGGAGUACCAGAGUGCGCACAGGGACAACGUGAAGCGGCGCGAGACCGAGGAGAAGAUUCGACGCACGAAGGAGGUCAAGGAGAAGACACAGCGCGAGAAGAUGGACCGAGCGCUCAAGAAGAACGCACUGGUGGACAUGACUGUAGACGAUGACCAGGAGGGAGUCGUCGACAGUCUCCUCGAGGCGCUGCAGUCUGGACAGGCCUUCGGGCAGCGACAGCGCAAGCGAACGCCGAAGGGAUCCCACGCGGAUCGUCGGGCCGAGCUGAACCGAUCGCGAACAAAGUCCAACAUCGUCGGUCCGUCGCCGCCUAAAGGCUCCGAGCGCAACAACAAUGAUCUAGAGAGUAUGCUGAUGGGAGCCGGGGAGAACCCAACCCCACUCCGUACUACCAAGGGUCGUCCUAACAGGCAGCGAAGAGCAGUCGCGGCCGAUCGUAACCGUGAACGCGUUUCUGUUGCAAGCGAUAAAGACGAUGAUGACGAUGGUGAUGAAUUACUUCAGAGGUUGAAGGCACUGUAGUUUUGUUAUCGAUGACUUGUCUCUAAGCCCACGGAAUUCAGCUGUUAGUGUCUAAAUGGUUCUUAAAGGGUUUCUUCGUAUAUUGCAAGGCAUUUUGUGUACCCAUGCUCUAUUGGCUAGCUCUGGUGUGAUUACUUUCCUAAUAAGUAAUGUGUCAUAAAGUAGCUAUCAUGCUACCCUCUCAUGUUAAUACCUAUACAUCAAGUACGAUGUGUGCAUCUCUACCACAAGUAACUUAUUUUGUCUCUUUAAUGAAUUAGGUUAAUCAAAUAUAUCAAAUAUAGUAACCGAGCUCAUUCAAAACUUAAUGGUGAAUUGUCUAAGUGUACUCAGUAGGAAAAUGAAAAGCGAUCGGAUAGCCGGAAAACAAAAGAAGAAACCUACUUGCAGACACAUUACCACAUCAUAUCAGUCUCAGUGAUCAAGAAUAUGUAAUACAUAUCCUUAGGAUGUUACGGAGAGUCACAGUAUAUAAAUCUUAUUUGCAUUUAAUUAUUACAAAAAUGGUUUACAUAUCUAGUUGUAGGAAGAGUAUAUUUGUAGUUAUGUAUUCUUACAACUCGUUUCAGGUCUAAACUUUAUCGCAAAAUAUGACUAGUUGAGACAGCAUAGGUUGCCUACUGUCACUUGUAAAAGAUAAAAAGAUACAUUUGCUAUUAUUGCAAUUGCAGUAUUUUCUCAUUGUUAAACAAUUAUUGUCAGGGGUAUGUUAUAAGACAGGUAAAAAGUAAUCGGAUAUUUUGGUAAAUAUAAUAGUCUCACAGUUUUCAUUCCUUACUAGGUUUUACUCUGCAAGAAAUUUGCAAAGGUUGAGAGUGAGACAGUAUAUCUGCUGCUAUGGUGAGCUCCUUAGGUGGUACUUGAUGAUCCUACGUAAUGAUAGGAAUUGUUUAUGGCCACUUUUUUAUAACUGUUUCUGUGCAUACCCGUCCUUGUCUUGUGACAAAGUAACUAUGAUAGUCACAUGAAACAGUUUCACACGUGUAUUGGCAGCCACAUACAAAACCGAUUUAACACACCAGUAAUGUAAAUUUACUGGAAUGUUACUAUAAUGCCUAAUUUCCUUGAAUAUAUUGUGAUGGUUAUGCAGGGCAUAACAUAUCAGGUGAGAUAUCUUGUUAUUGAAUAAUGUAGAUUUCACUAUCUGAUUAUAAUUAUAUUUUUCUAUUUGGGCUGGUGAAAUUGUUAAGGAUUAGGAUCUUGGUGAAUUUAUUUUACAAAGACCCUAGGGGGAGUGAGUGGCCCUUUAGAGCAGUGAUGGUUUUCAGGAUACCUUGUCACUAAUUGUGGUAUCGUUGACUGUUUGGAAUGAUUACGAUUGUACUAUGACUGUUAACAAGAGUAGAUAAUAACAUUAUGUUAUAUGUUAUAUUAUCUACUCUUGCUGUUAAUGGAAGUCAGAUGCGGUCAAUCUUGAUGCGGUUACUAUUAUAUCAAACGUCGCAGAAUCAGUUGUCAUUUCUUACCAUCACGUUCAGUCGUAAUUAGAUUUUAUACAUAGAUAUAGACCCUGACACAGACAUAGAAUAUCAAUCGAAAAAGCAAUACUUCUAAAAGCACAAUGUAAUAGUGCAUUUCUAGGUGAGGUGAAAUAACCCACGAGUAUUUGUAAAGAACAAUAGAAAAUAUGUGACAUACUGAAACACCAAUGUAAAUUCCAUGUAAAAAACAAAACAAAGGGAAACAAAGGGCUAUUUGUUUUCACAUUGGCUCAAAUCUGUCUUUAGAUAUGCAAGGGCUUGUUAAACAUAUACGCAUGUAAUUUGAAGUCAACGUGGUUAUGGUAUUGUAUGGAAAUAUACAGUGAAUGUAUCUUAUCUGGAUUGGUAGAUUUUGUAAUAAAUAGUACAUGUGUUAUUGGGUUCAGUGUGUAGUUAUGGUAUCAGUGGCAAGCAGAUUGUUAAAUAUUUGAUAAUAAUAACUGGGCUAAUAUCAAACUGUUUCAAGCAGUUUAUUUACGGAGCAUCUUGAAUAUUUUAUUUGGUAUUAGGCUUGCCUACAAGGGAUUGUGGUGGAUGUAUCUAAAAUGCCAGGUGCAUAAAUUCUCUUUCCAUCUCUGGUAGUCAAGUGCUUGGAAAUUAUAUAAGAAUAAAUAUCAAGAACUGUGUUUCUCA